AUGCCUUCGACCGUAAAGGCCAAACCGUCAAAAUCUACGGUCCCAAAAGCUGACAAAGCCAAGAAAGAGGCGAAAGUUAAAGCACCAAAAUCCACGUCAAAAGCUGUGGAAAAGGCCCCUUCACCACCUCCACCAGCGCCUGAACCUGUAGAAGAACCCGAGGAAUCGGAGGAAGAAGAUAGCGAUGAUGAUGACGAUGAUGAAGGUGUUGAUGAGGAGGGAAUGGCGCGGUUGAUGCAACUCUUGGGAGAUGAUGCUUUGGACGACUUUGGAAAAGCCCAAUUAGAGGCAUUGUCGGGGGGUAUUGAAGGCGAAGACGACGAUGAGGACGAAGAUUGGACUUCAGAAGAGGAAGGGGAUGAGGAGGGUGAGUCGGGAUCUGACAAUGAUGAAGAUGAAGACUUGGAAGUGGACGCCGAAGAACUCGAGGCUUUGUCUGGUGAAGAAGAAGGCAACAGUGAGGACGAAGAAGAAGAAGAAGCUGUUCCCUUGGAUGAAAUAGAUGAGGACCUUGACGAAGAUGUUGUACCUCGUCAAAAAAUUGAGAUUGACAAUAAAGUCGCUCUUGACCAAAUUCGCGAAUCUAUCCAGCUCGAUCCUUCAUUACCAUGGACGGAGACCCUUGUGCUCAACUAUCCCCAAACAAUAGACGUAGACGUGAACGACGACUUAAAUCGUGAACUUGCUUUCUACAAACAGGCUCUUCAUGGUGCGAACGCUGCUCGUGCUCUGGCUGCAAAACACAAUUUCCCUUUCACUCGACCAGCCGACUACUUCGCUGAGAUGAUCAAAAGCGAUUCUCAUAUGGAGCGCAUUCGUCAACGUCUACUGAAUGAGUCUGCUGGAAUCAAGAAGAGCGAGGACAAGCGUAAAGAGAGAGAAGGCAAGAAGUUCGGCAAGCAAGUACAGGUUGAAAAACUCAAAGAACGCGAGAAGUCGAAGAAGGAGAUGGAAGAGAAACUUAAGGGGCUCAAACGAAAGAGAAAAGAUAUUCUGGACAACCCUGGGGCUAACGACGAUGAGUUCGACAUUGCAGUCGAAGAUGCUAUUGCCGACCGCCCCGCCAAGCGUGGCAAAGGCUCCAACGGAAAAUCUAUGUCUCGUUCUGCCCGCGAUUCCAAAUUUGGCUUUGGAGGCGCUACACGGCACUCGAAAUCCAAUACUCGAGAGUCAACUGACGACUUUGGCCCCGGCCGUGGUCGGGGCAGAGGACGAGGCGGCUUUGGCGGACGUGGCGGACGUGGUGGUGGAGGCGCAGGACGUGGCGGAAGCAAAGGUGGGAGAGGAGGAUUUGGCGGCAAGUCCCGAGGAGGCGGCACCAAAAGACUUGGAAAAUCAAGAAGGGCCAAGAGUUAG